AUGCCUAGCAUCCAAGACAGCAUCAAUCAGAUCAAAGACCAGAUCCGCGAUCAUGACUACGCACAGCAGUCGCACGAACAAACGCAGCGCGAGCACGAGCGCAUCCUGGACGAAUAUGACCGAAUGACGCGCCACCGUUCAACACGCAUGCGCGAAGAGAGGGACACACGCAGACACGAUGGCAGUGAGAGACGCAGAUCUAGAUCACCUCGUUCUCUGCGCUUCCGCUUCAAGGAUGGCAAGAGUGGUGGUAGUGACAGGCGCAAGAGCAAGCAUUCAUCACACAGGCACAGACACAGACACACCGAGAGACGCACCGAUGAACACGACGAAGCCGACGUUCAAGGCUAUACCGCCCACCCCUUCUCUCGACCGCAUACCUCUGAUUAUCUGGACCCGUCCAUCUCAGCCUCGCCCCAGCCCGAGCCUAAUGCUGCCCAGGCCGUAGACCCCGAUGUUGCUUUUCGGGAGUCGCUGUUCGACGCCAUGGCAGAUGACGAGGGCGCGGCAUACUGGGAAGGUGUCUACGGAGAGUCUAUCCAUUCAUACCCUCGCCCAUCUCUCAAAGAUGAUCAAGGCCAUCUCGAGCAAAUGACCGAUGAUCAAUACGUCGAAUACGUCAAAGCCAAGAUGUGGGAAAAGAAGAAUCCGGAGCUGCUCAGAGAACGUCAAGCGCGUGCUGAGCGUGAAGAGGAGGCUCAUGAUGCAAGAUCCAGAAGGAGACGACAUGAUAGCGAAGACGACGAGUAUGAGGAAGACUUUGAAUGGGUCGGCAACGAAGAAAAGGGCUACGAGAAGAGAUCUACACGCACACGUCGCCCAAAGCCAGACACUCGAGAUGCACCACGCGACAAGAGCUUCAUGUCCGAUGUCGACGCUGCUCUUGCUCGAGGUGCCAAGCGCAAGGAAGUCAAGAAAUGGCAACAGGCCUGGUCCUCUUAUCAACAAAGAUGGCAAGACCUCAAAGCCAACUCUGCACAACUCCAGGGUGACGAGCUCCUCAAAGCAAUUCCUUGGCCUGUCCAAAGUCUCGCUGCCACAGAUGUCGCCAAACAGAAUGUUGAAGACUUCUUCUCCAAUGCUCCACUGGAUUCUGAAGAGAUUCGAGCCAAGACUUUGAAAGACGAGAGUGUCAACUGGCAUCCCGACAGAUUCCAACGUCGCUUUGGUGGAAGCAAUGUCGAUGAGGAAACACUCAAGCUGGCUACCAGUGUCUUCCAGACCAUAUAUGAAAUGUGGGAGCGUACAAGGCCAGUCAAAUAA